AGUUCUUCCAGAGAAAUCAUUAAACCUGAAGGAUCCUGACUGAGCACAGAGCCCAGAAGACGUGGGCUCGCCGGCUCGCCUUCCAGCUUCCCACCCUGAUCCAACACCGGCACUUUUCAGGGCAUCAUUUCAAAAGUCAAAGGAAAGUGGUUUGAGGUGGAUAGAAAAGAGUGUGCAGCUUAAGUGACUGGAAACCCCCUUCACUUCAGUCUGGAGUUGAAGGUUAUAUUCAAACAUCACGACAGCUUGGCUCCACACAGAACAUUAACAGAUUUCCUUAUUCUUCCCCUGAGAGAUCAUCAUGGAAGUCUCAAAGGAAAUGUUAUUUGAAGAAUUGGACAACUAUUCCUAUGCCUUAGAAUAUUACUCCCCGGAGUCUGAAAUGGAGGAGAAGGAGUACUUGGGACUUGUCCACUGGAUCUCCUUGCUCUUAUAUGCCCUAGCAUUUGUUCUGGGAAUUCCAGGAAAUGCCAUUGUCAUUUGGUUCAUGGGAUUCAAGUGGAAAAAGACAGUUACCACUCUUUGGUUCCUUAAUCUGGCCAUCGCUGACUUUAUCUUUGUUCUUUUCCUGCCCCUGUACAUUUCCUAUGUGGCCUUGAGUUUCCACUGGCCCUUUGGCCUAUGGCUCUGCAAGGUUAACUCCUUCAUUGCCCAACUGAACAUGUUUUCCAGUGUUUUCUUCUUGACAGUAAUUAGCCUGGACCGCUACAUCCACUUGAUCCACCCUGGCUUGUCUCAUCGGUACCGGACCCUAAAGAGCUCACUGGUUGUUGUUCUAUUUGUCUGGCUGUUGGCUUCUCUGCUUGGAGGUCCUACCUUGUACUUCCGGGACACCGUGGAGGUCAACAACCACAUUAUUUGUUAUAACAAUUUCCAGGAGCAUGAGCUCACCUUGAUGAGACACCAUGUUCUGACCUGGGUGAAGUUCCUCUUUGGCUACCUCUUCCCUUUACUGACAAUGAGCUCCUGCUACCUGUGCCUCAUCUUCAAGAUGAAGAAGCGAAACAUUCUGAUAUCCAGUAAGCAUCUCUGGAUGAUCCUGUCUGUGGUCAUUGCCUUCAUGGUUUGCUGGACUCCGUUUCACCUGUUCAGCAUUUGGGAACUGAGUAUCCAUCACAACAGCUCUUUCCAGAACGUGCUGCAGGGUGGCAUCCCUCUCUCUACUGGCUUGGCCUUCCUCAAUAGCUGCUUGAACCCCAUCCUUUACGUUCUAAUAAGCAAGAAGUUCCAAGCUCGCUUCAGGGCCUCUGUUGCCGAGGUACUAAAGCGUUCACUGUGGGAAGCCAGCUGCUCUGGUACAGUCAGCGAACAAUUCAGGAGCGGUGAAACCAAGAGUCUGUCUCUCCUAGAAACCGCCCAAUGAGUAUUGUGUUCCCAAAAAAUCAGUGCAAAGUUUUCAUUUGAGCCUCAUAACAAAUCCUUUCAGAUUAGGUUUUGUUCUGGUCUAAACUGAUCAUGGUUUUUGUUCAGUUACAUUUUUGCGUGGGUAUAAAAGGUAGGAUUUCUUCCUUGCAAUUUAAAUCAUGUAUCUUACUGGCUGCCCUCUGGUGGCGGUUCUGAUACUUACAGCCUAAAGGUUUCUCCUGCUGUUUUAGCCUGUGUCUAUUAAUGUACUGCAAUGUAUGUAUCAGAUUAAGUAAUUUUUAUAGUGUAUACCACAUUAUAUUAAUUAUCUCUAUU